AUGGCGCCAGACAGAACUGCGAACUGGGGACUGGCAACGCCUCCUCGGCAGCCGCCGCGCGGGCCGCGUCCGGUGCCGUCCUCUCCGUGUGUGGCGUCGACUUCAACUUUUUCUUCGGAUUCUUUCUCAGCGUGUCUAGAGCGCAUGCGGCGGCCUGAGCGUUGCGGAGCCAAGCAUCCCGACUCAGCCGCAGAAUGCUGCAUUCAGAGAGCAAACGAGAGAGACGGGGACGGCGCCUCUGGCGAACAAGCCUCUCUCUCAGGAGAAACGCUGAGCCCUGCUUCGGAGAAUGCCCCUCCCUCGAGGUCCUCUCUGUGUCUACAUGCUGCUGUGUCAACGCACCCUGGCGCGUCGCCGCCUUCCGGCGCUGCGUCGAUUUUCAGUCCUUCUUCCCUCGGCCGCGGAGCUUUCGAGUGUGUAGACAGCCGGCCGCCUCAGCUGCUGGCGCCACCCGGCGAGGCCGCAGUUGCCGGGGGUGUCUUGGCAGAUCUCCGCCAGCAUUUCGCGCAGCUCGCGCGGUGUCUAUUUUCGCAACUAGCUAAACGCAGCGGCUCUGUGGAGGCAGGCUCACGUGCGUCCCUGUGGUCUGACUCGAGCAUGCAGAGGAGGCCCUGUGCCUCAGAAGGCCGACCGCCGGGAGGAGACAGAAUGCCAGGCUCCGGACAGUCGUCGGGAGACAAGGCAGAGGACGUCAAACCCCAGCUGGCUCUGGCGAACAGGGAGAAGCGCCCAGAGGACAAAGAGGCUUUUCGAGCUCUCGCCUCUGUGUGGAGAGAUCUGUGCAGAGAGCCGUCGAUAACGGGACCCCGGCGACGCUCGUCAGAAACUCCCGUUUCUCCGGCCUCGACCUUCUCGACCCAGUCCUCCGUCGGAGACACCCAACUACUCGCCUGGAGUCUCCUGCGAAACGAAGACCACCACGCGGAGAAGGAGCUCAGCGGCGCGCAUGCAGCCAGUGUGAAAAAGAGUCGAGACGCUCCGACGAGUUCUUCUCAAGCUGCAGGCUCUGAAGCGAACACGGAAGAGACGGAGAUAGGGCGAGUAAAGAAGGCCGGGGACGCUUCUCUGCCUCUCGCGGUAACAAACUGGGCUUCGUCGACUUUGGCCGCAGCGCUUGACCCUGUCGCCGCGGAAGAGGAGACGGCUUUUCAUGUCGAGAGGAUCGUCAACAACACAGAGAGCCGCGAGGCGUUGGCGGAGUAUGCAACCAUUUUUGCGCCUCUCUUCGGCACCGACCCUCGUGACCUCUCGACCCAGCAUGGCCUGUCUGCGCUGCACUGUGUCGCGCUCGACCUGCAGUUUUUGAGGCGCGCCAAGGAGGUCAGCAAGGACCGGAGCGACUCCGCGCCUUCGCUUGUACGUCCACUCCGCGCUGCCGGCGCCGCGCCAGCGUCUCCGAGUCACACUCCGAAGGCCUUCCACGCAGUGCCCGGCGAGGCGGAAGUCUCUCCCGAGCAGACCUGGUGUUCGUCUUCUUGUUCCCCGCGCUCCUCGCGCUCUUCUCUCACGUUCGCCGGUCUCGACGCAGGCGCGAGUGACGUGAGGGCGACUGCCCUCUCGAGCCCCCGAGAGGACGGAAGCGACUGUGAAGGGGAGCGGAGGAGUCGAACGCCUUCUGGAGGCCAAGGAUGUUCGAGGACCCAUGACCGCGGACCGUACCGGACAGGCGAGGACAGGCGCGGAGAGAGGGCAGAGCAGCUGAGGGAAGACGCUUCGAAAGCCACAGACGCGACGCGACGCGUGGAAGAGAUCCUGGACAUUCCAACGGGGGCAGCCUUCGCGAGAGUUGCGGGAGACUCCCGCGGCCCCGAAGGCCCCGAAGACACACCAGAGGAGGGCGCCGCUUCCGGAGAUCCGCUCUUCCACUUUGCGGUCCGCGGCUCUCACUCGGACGACUUCUCGGCGCUGCUGCGGUGCGACUUGGCUUUUCCAGAGUUUGGACGCACGUCGCCUCCCCCCGCCUUCGCCGCACUCACGACGCGCCCAGGCCCCACAAGUCUCGCGCCGGAGGCCCGCGACCGACUGGGGACGCAGUUCCCUCUCUGCCUGGAUCCGUCGGAGCCGGAUCUCGAUGCAGAGACACCCGACGCCCUGGCGGCAUCGAGCUUGUUCGAGAAGGAAGAUCGCGACUUGGACGGGUCUCCGUUCCAAGCUCCCCCACCGGAACUCCCGAUUCUCGACGCGCGCAACCACCUCGACGGAGUGGUGGAGAGCAGCGAAGAGGCUUGCCCGGGGUUGUUCUCGCUCACGGUGUGCGGCGGAGCAAGCUCAGCUAGCGUAGCCAGCGAGUGCCUGCCAGGCACCCAAGAGGCUGCCGGGCCGUUUCUCGCGCUUCCGACGCGAGACGCGGUGGCGCCGCCUCGCGAGGGACUGGACGGAGACGAGGGAUGCGUUGGAGGGGAGAAGACGGGUGUCAGUCGCCCGCGGGCCGUCUUCGCGCGCUGUUUGUCUCCGCGGGUGACGGCGUCGGGCUCCGUCUCCCUCGCGUCGCUCGCCCCGUUCGGAGACUCUGCCCACAGCUUCUCGAUCUCGGAACUCUUUCCCCUGGCAACGGGCCGAGACAGCGGCUGGGGUCGCGUGGUCGACGACUUGCCAGCCGCCGCGUCGCCGGCUUUUUCUGCAUGCGCGGAAGUCGAGGGUCCUGCGGCGCCCGCCUUCGAGCUCCCCUUCUUCGCGCGCAGCCUCCACUCCUUCGCGCUCUCAGGCGGCGCCCCGGCGCACACCCUGUCGCUCGCGCCGCGGCGCCUAUCGGCUGCGGGGACAGGAGACUCUGGACCUCUCGCGGACGAAGAGGCGGGGGGCGAGGGCGGCCACUCCGGCGGCUGUUGGCUGUCGCCGCGAUCCGUAGCUGUCCUGAGGCAGUCUCUCCCAGCGGAUGCAGACGGCCCCGAGUCUCUGUUGGCGUCGCUGCGGCAGUGGAGUCAGAGCCGAGGCCUGGAGUUCUCUGCGCAAAACGGCGAGGGAGACGGAGGCGCCGAGCGAGAGGUGCGAGACGAGAAGAGCGGAGGAAGGACUCGAGACGAAGAGCCAGGCGAGGCGAUCACACAACGGGCGGCCCCCAGGGAGGAAGAGCUGCGCAGGGCUAAGGCGCGCCGCGCCGCGCUCUUGGCUGUCGCUCCCAGGAAAGACUUCGCUUCCAGCGUAGACACAUCCCGUGACGGUGCUUCAGUCGGCGACCUUUCAUCCCUCACAAAAGAUGAAAACCCAGAGGGAAGAAUGGCCAGUCCAGCUCCCUCUCUUUCGCAUCCCUAUUGCUCUGCUUCAUCCACAGUUCCUGCCUGUGGGAAUAACCUCUCUUCUUUCUCCUUUUCCUCUUCCCCUCUCUCUUCUUCUCUCUCGUCUUCUCUCUCGUCUUCCCUCUCGUCUUCCCUCUCGUCUUCUCUCUCUUCUUUUUCCUCUCCUUUUUCCUCUUCUUCCUCGUCUUCUUCGUCUCUCGCUUCUUUUUCCUCUUCCCCUCUCUCUUCUUCUCUCUCUCCUUUUUCUUCUUCCUCGUCUUUCUCUUCUUCUUUCUCUUCCUCGGCGUCUUCUGUGUGGUGUCCUGUGACAGCUGGCAACGAGGGAGAGAGGAGGGAAUACUCGCAUGCGACAGUGGAAGAAUGCGUCGGUAGUCAGAGACAGCGUCUCUUAUGUGAGCAGCAGCCUGCAGACGGAGGAAGCCACCGAGCUUCCCGAGUGGCGUUCGACGGACCUGCUGAGGCUAGAACUCUCGCGAGCCAAGGCGAAACGCCUCGCGAGCAAGUCUUCACUUUGAAAGCGGAGUCUCGUGCCGAUGACUGGCACAGUUCUGGCGUCUAUGCUUCUGACCGUCCGCGUUUCGUUGCGUCAGACCAUUUCGGGACCCAGCAGUGCGGCACUGCCAGCAGAUGCCCCUGUCGAGACGCGUCGGUGUCUCCACUCCUCCACCGCUCACCUUCAGGCGCGCCGUCGCAGGUGGGAGGAACAGCAGGUGGAUGUGGUUCGUUCGCUGCGCCUCAAGUGCAAGGUGGAGUGCCGUUUUCUGCUUCCGCCGACGCCGCCGCAUUUGUCCAGAUGCCUCGUGGACCGGAGGCGAGCAACGUAGGGACGCAGCUCGUUUCAGCUGGAUAUACAGCGCACUUGGAGCGGGCGGGCGGAGGGGCGACGGGGCAGGUCAACUCGGGUGUACAUACACCUGAGGGAGAGGGGGAGGGGAGCGGGUCUGUGCUGUCUCUCCGCUCAGGUGUAUGUACACCUGGUUCUGGGAGUGAGCACAGCACGACUGCGACUCAGCUUUCGAGUCCAUCGGCGCAGGCGCCGUCCGACCAGGGAAGCGAGAGAGGCGACGUGGUGCAUCUCACUUCGCACGCAUAUUCUGCAGGGACUGAACUUGGAGAGAGACUCGUUAGCGCGCCGGUGCACCUAUCGUAUCCAUCGGCUGUCCAUGCGCCUGGCCGGCCUGCGUACGGCGGAGGCGAGGACACAGUCCAGCAGCGGAGCACCUGUACAUGUGGUGUUGGCGAGCUGUCUGAAGAGCAAGCUGCAUCCAGGGGGGCCUCGAAGAAGAGAAGAAAAGGCCGAGUCUCUGAGAAAGCGGAGUGCCUCACCCCGGGCGAGAAGGGGGAGGAAGAAGCGAGGACAACUGGAAGCGUCAGCAGCGGUGGACCCGCGACGGCGCACCCUGUUGUGACCAUCGGGCUCGUCGGACGGCCGGGCGGCGUUCGGAACCUCGUCACGCCCGUCGGCAGUGAAACGCCGUUGACCACUGGGGAUUUUUCUGCGACUCGGGUUGUCCGUCUGAGCAACAAGGCAAUGGAGCUGCCGUAUGUCCACGGAGUGCGUUUUGAGGCGGAGGCCUUUGCCUGGACGGCGAAGAUCGGCUCUGGGUCUCGGCGAUUUCUAGUGAAGAAGCACGGCUUCCAUAAGUCUCGUCUCUGCGCGAUCGAGAAGAUUCAACAGUGGAGGGCGACUCUCUCGCCAGCGGCUUUGGAACGCGAGCUCAGAGAGGAGCGCGAGAUUAUUGCGAGUCUCCCGGUCGAUCCGCGGUGCGAGCAUGCACCGGGUCCUCCAGAAGAGGUGCCGAGUCAGAGAAGCGGCGGCAGCCAAGAGGAAGGCGCGGCUGAGCGCGAAGGGUGUCUCGAGGACAGGAAUGGAAAGAGGCAGCGGACGACGAGUGUGGAGACCCAUUUCGUGCAUCCUCUGUACACGUCGCCUGUCUCGUCAGUUCUCUCGGCUUCUGCUGUCGCCCCGCCGGCUGCCUGCGGUCAAGACGCGGCACCGUCGUCUUCCCCCUAUUGUUGUCUCGCCCCAGAUGUGCAGUGUAUGUACACCGGACACCACGUGAACGCGUCCCCGGAGCUGGUCCAGUCGCAAGACCGGCUGGCGCCAGGCUCUGCGGUCGCUCCCUCGGACUUCUUCCCCAUGCAGCCCGCGUACUCGCCGCUCGUGUCAGCACCCUCGGCAGGUCCCCACAUGGCAUUCGCCUCGCCGGCCUUCUCCGGUGUCUCUUCUUCUCCCGUUGUGGCUAUGCAUGCGCCUCCCGCGUCGCUGCCUUCCUCGAACCCUGCGCUCUGCAUGCGUGCUUCACCUGAUCAGACGCCUUCUGCGUUUCCCUCCUUCUCGCCAGUGUCUCCGCCUCACCUCCCGCACUGCGGAGCGCCGGAGAAGACUGAACCCUCCAGAGAAGAGGGGCGAGAGGAGGAGCGCGACAGGCUGCGUUUUCUUCCGGCGUAUCACCAGAGUCGCUUGUCGUCGAUGCCGCCAAGCACUCCGGCUCCUCUCUCCACUGCAUGCGCGUCGUCCUUCCCGCCCUCCGAGUUGGGCAGCCGUGUGCUGGAAGCCCCGAGCAAAGAGCCGCUCGAGGUCCGGGGCAUGUACCACGAUUCCAGCGAGCCUCCAGCGCAAAGAGCUCUCUGUCCGACUGUGUCCCCCUCUUCAGACCCGUAUGCUUCGCCUGUUGCCUUCCCCUCCACGUUGGCCUCUUUCCCCGUCGACGGCCAAAGGCCGCAGCUCCUGCCCGCCGUCCAGGCGUCUCCAGGAGAGGACAACUGUCUCUCGAGAGGCGACGACCGCGGCGCGGGGAGGCUGUGCGCUCCAGAAGGUCCGUGCGGGUCUGCAGGCGAUGGUCGCGACUUUGACGGCUCGGCCGAACACUCCGCACCUCUCUUCGAAUGGGUUCCCUCCUUCUCUUUUGCACUCGCGCGCAUGCGUUCCCUACCACGCUUCUCCGGCGCCGCCCGGCUGUCUCCCUCCCUCGAGUGCAAGCCCCGCGGCCUUCGCGUCCUACCCUCAGGUGUCUCCAUCGCCUGCGCCGUCGCCGACACCGGUUCCGCUGUCUCUUCACUUCUCUUUUGAGUGAGAAGCAAACUCUCGCGGCAGCUGAACUGGA